AAUUAAUGCAUUACAGUUCCUAAAUUUGGAAGAAUGGUGUAGCUCUGUUCUUCGUGAUUCCGCCACCUUUUCGUUUGAUAUGCAGAUUUCUCAUGCACCGGAUUUUUCUCUCUCUCAUUUUCCUUCUCUCCAGAUUUGAAUUUUCGAUUUAUUGACAUAAAUUAAUCCGGGGAAGAAAAUAUGUCGAAUCUCUGGGCUGAAAUUUACAAUGACAAGACGGUAUACGAACGAGACGUAAUCGAUGCAAUCGUACCUCUGUUAAAGCUACUCUCGAUAACACUAAUCGGCCUGCUCCUCGCGCAUCGAAGAAUCCAAUUAAUCCCAAAAGCUACAUUCAAGCUUCUAAGCAGGCUCGUAUUCGCUCUGUUCUUACCCUGCCUCACCUUCAUCCACUUAGGCCAAUCCAUCACCCUCGAAAACAUUAAACAAUGGUGGUUCAUUCCUGUAAACGUACUUUUAAGUACUUCAGUCGGUUUCCUCUUAGGUAUCUUAGUGGUAAUAAUCUGCCGCCCACCCCCUCAAUACACUCGAUUCACUAUAAUAAUGACAGCAUUCGGAAAUACCGGAAAUUUGCCCCUCGCAUUAGUGGGCUCCAUUUGUCAUGACAAGGAGAAUAUUUUCGGUCCGGAAUGUAAGAAAAAAGGCGUGGCUUAUGUUUCUUUUGCUCAAUGGGUGUCUGUAAUUCUCGUUUAUACGCUCGUUUAUCACAUGAUGGAGCCUCCUUUGGAGUAUUACGAGAUAGUCGAAGAAGAUGAGAAUCGGUGUCGUAUUCUCUCUCCUCAAUUGAGUAGAUCGCUUCUUGUGGAAGCUGAAUGGCCUGGUAUUCAAGAUAACGAAACCGAAGAUUCCAAGAAACCCGUUAUUGGUUAUUUUGACAAUGAACAAAUUAUCGAAGAAGGUGGAAACGGGAGAGAGAAAAGUCCGAGGACUUUAGGUGUGGUUCGGAAGAUGAGAAUAGUUGCCGAGCAAACCCCGUUUCGCCACAUCAUCCAGCCGCCGACUAUUGCUUCUCUGUUAGCUAUAAUUGUUGGAAUGGUUCCUCAGAUAAGAAAUUGCUUCUUCGGUCACAAUCCACCGCUUUCUGUUAUUUCCGACAGUUUGGAGAUUCUUGCAGGUGCGGUCGUCCCGUCGGUGAUGCUUAUACUUGGGGGGAUGCUUGCUGAGGGCCCCACGGAUUCGAAGCUCGGUUUUCGAACGACAGCUGGCGUGAUCGUGGCGAGAUUGAUUGUGCUUCCUCUUUUGGGAAUCGGGAUUGUGGGAUUGUGCGAUAGGAUGGGCUUUCUUGUUGACGGUGAUGGAAUGUACAAGUUUGUGGUGCUGUUGCAGUAUACGACACCGAGUGCGAUCCUUUUGGGGGCGAUUGCAAGUUUGAGGGGCUACGCUGUAAGUGAAUCUUCUGCGCUUCUCUUUUGGCAGCAUUUGCUGGCGGUUUUUUCGCUUUCUGUGUAUGUUGUUUUCUACUUUAAGUUUGUUUUGUAGGGUUCUUUUUUUCGGUGGUAAGGGUGCUCGUAGAGUGAGGUAAUUUUCGACGAUUUCUUUGAGUGGCGUUUAAGUAAUUUUGUUGUUGCAUAAUGUUUCUUGCAUGCAUGUGGUAUUUUAAUUGCAGUUUGUUGUUUAGUUGAACCAGUUUGCACCAUUCCUUACACCCUCAAAUCAGCUCUAUGUGUAUGUGUGUAUACUGUAUAUAUGGAUUUAUUGAGGUAGAAUUUUCUCAGGAGUUUCUGUUUGUCCACGUGUCCAAUUUCCCUUUGAUGGCACGUGGGCUUAGGCAUCCCCCUUGGACCUAUAUAAUUACGUGGACCCAAUUUGGGCUUUUUUUA